GCUUAGCUUUUAGCGGUGUCAAAGCGGACAUGGAGAAGUUCGCCAGUCCGGGCAAAGGCAACGGUCUGCGCCUCUCCAAACACGCGAAGCCCGGCGAGUUGCUAUACCGUGCGGAACCUUUCGCCUACACCGUCACCAAGAAGCGCCUGGGAGGCGUGUGCGAGCACUGCCUGCGCAGGAAAGACCGACUGCUUAGGUGUUCUCAGUGCAAAAUUGCAAGAUACUGCAAUAUACAAUGUCAGAAAGAAGCAUGGCAAGAUCAUAAACGAGAAUGCAAGUGCAUUAAGAAUAUUGAUCCCAACUUUCCCCCAGAUUCAGUGAGGCUUGUUGGCAGGAUUAUUUUCAAACUACUAAGACAAUCAACAUGCCCAUCUGAGGAGCUUUACUCUUUUUGUGAUCUUCAGUCAAAUUUUGAAAAGUUAACUGAAGAAAUGCAAGAAGGUCUUGGGUGUCUCACAAGGGCACUGCAGCUGUAUUUGAAGGUGGAGAUCCAAGAUACUUCUCAGCUGCCACCUGGCAUAGAUGUUUUGCAGACCUUCGCAAAA